AUGGACGCGUCUGUUCACCGUCGCGCGCGAUCAAGUAUAGAUCGUAACUACAUCGUUUCCAUCAGUAUCGAUAAAAGCUAUCUUCUCGGCUAUCAACUCUGGGGGGUUGAAUUAUCGGUCACUCCCGGCUGUCUGCUGAACAUGGAUCCAAAUGAAGAAGUUGGUCUGGAAGAGCGCCUGAAAUCCGCUCUUUGGCUAGCUAUUGGCAAGAUAGUUGAUGAUGAAACCAUCAAACUUGGUGUGAAUGCCACGCCGCAAUUCAUCGGGGCCUUGACGGAGAUGGUUUGGGCCCAAAUAGAGACAGUCAGCCAGGAUUUGGAAUCCUUUGCUAAGCAUGCCGGACGUUCGACAGUUAAUGUUUCCGACGUAAUGCUUUUGGCCCGGCGCAACGAAGGGCUGGAAUCCAUCCUGCGCGCUUUUGUUGACCAGCAGCGCGAGGAAGAAACUUGA